AUGGCGCUUGAAGUUGCUUCAGGUCGUCGUUCGGCAUCGCCAACGAGUUCAGGCCGAUCAACUCCCAUCGCACGCACAUCACGUCGGAAUGCGGUGGAUGACGAGCAUGUCUUGAGAUCCGACAAGACCUUGCGUCGCUAUGGCGCAACUAUCGAGCGUGUUCUGGCAUCGUGGGAGGUGUCGCCUGAAGAAUGGGCGGACUACAUUGCGUUUCUAGCCCGCUUGUUGAAGGCGAUACAAACACACCCGAAAGGCUCGCCGUUCUUACCGCACAGUAAUGCAAUUGCGACACGUUUGGCGCAAUGCUUGAAUCCGACUCUGCCUUCUGGAGUGCAUCAGAAGGCUCUGGAAGUCUACAACUACAUCUUUGACUCCUUUGGUGACCACUUCAUUGCGAGCCAUCUCCACGAAUAUCUACCGGGUCUUGCGGGAGUCUUAUCUUUCGCGUCAUUAUCAGUGCGACCAGGUCUGUACUAUCUCUUAGAGGAACAUGUUAUCACACUGGAUGCAUCCGAUCUGAGGCCCGCAUUGAAAUCAUUGGUGCUCAGUUUGCUUCCCGCACUCGAGGAAGAAUCUGGCGAAGACUUCGAACGGGCCUUCGCCAUUCUCCAGACCUUGGAAGCCUCAUUCGAUGGGAAGCUCGAUGGCGAUACAUCUAAGCAUCCUGAUGGGUACUUCUGGCAAUGCUUAUUUCUCGCGGUGAUUACAAGUCCAUCAAGACGGCAGGGUGCAUUGAAUUAUCUUUCAAGACGACUGCCAAGGUUGAGCAACAACCCUACAGGUGAGCUCGACGAAAAGCUUGCAAAGAUUAUUCUCCCUGAACCGGGACUUCUCAUACGCUCCUUCAUUUGUGGUCUGUCCGACACCCAAAUUCUCAUACAGCGAGGAUUUCUUGAUUUGCUGGUGGCAAGAUUACCCUUGGAUUCUCCCGUACUCCAAAAGCGAGUGAGCAGUGAAGACCUCGACAAGUUGGUCUCUGCUGCUUUGCAAAUAUUGCUUCGUCGUGACAUGGGUCUGAAUCGACGGCUUUGGAGCUGGUUCCUAGGUCCUGAUAACAAAGACGCAGCCGAGGAGAGUCAGACUUCGUCGCCCACGAAACCGCGGAAAGACGUCGUAGAGGUAAAUUUUAAUUCACAGAUCGAAUAUUACGCCGCAUAUGGCCAAGCAAGCCUGCAACGUUGUGUGCUUGGCCUUUUCAACAACGGACAUCACAAAGUAAGCGAGCGAGCACGACCUUUCCGCAUAUGCCUUUCGCUCAUGGAUCGUUGGGAAAUUGGUGGACAGCUCGUACCGCAUGUUUUCAUGCCGAGCAUGAAGAACUUGCGCGACUAUAGUCUGAAAGCUUCGCCUGAAGCGACUGCGGAGGUCGUUCGGAGUGCAAGCCUCUUCUUCGACGGAAUCGAGGCAAAUCUAAUAUGGGGCAGUCUAAUUGCUUUGCUACACGAGAGCUUCGAGCAAGGUAGCACUGGGCUUCUGGAAGAUGUGGAGUUUGUGCGAUGGAUAGCGCAGACUUUCAACAUCAAGGACGAAGAAAUGGUCAGCGUGCAUAUUCCCCGAAUGCUUAAUUACAUCCUUAGUCGGGUUGAUGUCGAUGCAUACGCGCUCGAUAUCAAUGUCACACUGUGCAUGUUUGCUGCGCAUUUACUGGAUCUGAUACAAGUUCAAUCUACGACAUUAUCGACCAAAGGCGGGACUGACUCACUCUUGACAUCGAAAGGCUCAUAUCUCAGUGCUGUCGAGGUUCGAUCUUCUGCUUUACGCUACUACUCUGAGCUAAAUCAGCCGCACGACGAUAAACUACAUGCCUUUGACGAGGUCAUCAGACAAAUCAUAGCUCAAUGCGAUGACAUUGCGGCCACAAACUUGACCAGCCUUCAGCCAGAAAUUUUCUCGCUUGCCUUGUCAAUGCUGAUAUCAGUAUCAAACAGAGUCAGCGACUUCUCCAUAGAACACCUGCAACGCACGCUUCCAGCCCUUCUGAAGACUUUCGAUCAUACAACAGGACCUAUACCUGGUGCACUACCAUUCGCCAUUGCAAGCUCGUCGGUGUUGUUGCUUUCCACCUUGCGAUCUUCGGAACAAACCGCAUCCAGCUCCACUGCACUGGCCCUGACUAACGUCGGAGCGACACUCGUCAAUCAUCUUUGGUAUUAUCUUUCACCAGCUCAUGCUAAACAUCAUGUUGAAGCAGUGAGAUCGAUGUGGCUCCUCGAGGGCACCAUAACCGCUGACUCCAUGGUCGCCUCCCUCUCUGCAUUGAUCCGUGAACAAACUCAAGAUGUGUUGCUGCAAGCGGGUGAGCAGACGGAGGCAAUUCGAAGGUUCGCUGUGCUAUGGAAUCAUACUAUGGUGAACGCGAGCAUCAAAUCGGGCAGCGUGCGCCGGAAAAGCUCCACGGCAAGCACGACCGGACACCAGAAAGGCAACCAAAACGAGAUUCUUUGGCAGCCACUGAUGCUUGUUCUGGAUCUGCUAUCAGAUACAUCUAAGCCUGUUUUUGAAUGCGUUCAAACAUGGCUCCAAGGUCUGCCUUCACUGGAUCAAGUCUUUCAGUACCUUUUGGACAGACUUUACGGAACACUACCAAGUGAUAAUAUUGCUCGACCCGCAAACGAACGCCAGAGAACCCGUCAGCUCGCGAGUGAGGCUCGAGAAUUAGACUACCUUCUUGGACACAUCCAUAAUCUCUUGCUGCACGCUGAUCAAUGGACCUGGCAAUGCUUGAGCAUGACCAUUGUCCCAGUCAGAUCCCCAAGCGAGCCUGAGGAUGGCUUCUCUGUUCUCGCAAAGUUCUGCUCUCGACUACUCUUUUCGCGCAACCAUUGGUCGGAUUCUUUGAAUCAUCAAUUGAUCUGCAUUUUGAGCUGCCUCCUCUCCAGCCCGCUCGCAAGUUCAUUGAAGAAGUUACAGCUCGAACUCACGUUCAUAAACUGUGUGUCUAUCUGCAUCACCGAAGAUGCUCCAGCGCUCCAAGGAGAACUACUGCGCCUCCUGACCUUGGCCUUGAAGCUAAGAAACUCCAAAACUCCGAACAGCUCUGCUACCAAGCCACGUCUGAGAGGAUCAAUAAGUUCCAAAACCCCAAUAGUUCUAAGUACCCCUUCGGGAUCUGCCACGCCAGGGCAGUCGACGCCUUCUGGUCCUCCGUCAGAGCUGCUGCAAUGCCUGUUGUCUGGGUUCUCAGCAAAAGCCAGCCGAUAUCAUUUAGAUCAAUGGAUUGCUUUCCUGGGAAGCAUACUGCCUUUGCUUACGGAUGUGAUCUUUACAUACCUCAUUCCGCUGGUCGAAUGUUUCUGCCUGCAGCUUUCAAACGCCUACGAUGAACUAGUGUCGCUCUCCCGCAAAACGAGUCCCACGGGAAUUGUUGCUCCUGACACAGCUAUAAUAAACCUCCUAGAGGGCUUGGAAAUGAUUCUCGAUCGAGCUUAUGAGAGUCUUGUUCAGGAAAAUGCACAGGAUGUGGUACAGAAGCCCAUCGAUGGCAGUGUCGGCUUCUUGAGCAAUGUCACCUCGGGGGUCUUCAAACUCGAUGGACCCACGAACAAGACCGCGAAAGCCAACAAUCGCUUGACGGUCAUUCUCGCCCUCCACGACGCCAUCAGAGUAAUUUUGAAGAUGUGGAUCUGGGCUAGCAAGUCUAGCGAUCAUAGAGAGAAUGAUCCUCUAAGUGCAUCAACAACGGCGUACAAUGCGUUGAAGGUUCGGAACAAGACGCGACACUUACUGGAACAAAUCUACACCGUGGAGCCGCUGGAAAGCCUCGAAGUGAUUGCAACUCAUUGGUGCCGAUCUCCUUCAGACUCGAUGGCCGCUUCGACCAUCGAUCUGCUACAUGUCAUGCAAGUAUCGCAACCCAAAGCGGUAGUGCCGACGAUUCUCGACGCACUAUACAGCAGAACUAAUCCAGCUAGCCUCACACCAGCGCGUUUAUCAAGCCAGACAGUAAAGCUGAGCGCUUCUGAAGUUGCCAUUUUCCUUUCAGCUUAUCUGCGCUCGACUGAGGAUGACGCGACUGACGAGAUCUGGACAGACUGCAUAUCCUUCCUCCGGGAUGUCCUUGCCAAUCCACUGCCAUACCGACAGGCGCUUCCGCAUCUGUUGUCGAUUUUGCUUCUUCUGGCCGAAAAGCUCGACAAUACCAAUUACGGUGAGCAGAGGAAGAUGCGACGCGACCUGGGCGAUAUCUUCCAGCGACUAUUGACUGCGACAUUCACCGCCCUACCCUCUGGAUACGUUACAGAACCGUCCGACCAGGAUGGUGUGGCCGCUGCUCAUCCACCUUCGAGGCUUGUCGCCGUUCAGCGCACCAUGACUCUGAUUUCGGUCCUUGAUCGUAUCACAGCGCAGCUAGAACUGAUCCUUGAGACGCCUGAGCGGAUGCUGCCAGCCGUCACCAGCAUUUCCACCAGUCUUGUUAUCCCAAUCUUCAAGGCGAAAUCAUUCCCGAAGAACGUCAGCCCAGAACUAUUGUCGCUACUGGUGCAUAUUGCGCGGAAAGCUCCAGCAUCUAAGCCAUGGAAGAAGGAUAUAGCGGACGUUUUUAACGAUCCAAAAAUACUUUCGGUACUCCCAGACGCUUUUAUCGCUGACUGGUGCCCUCUGUUGCACCAGUGGUCUCUCUUCGACAAGGAACGAAUGCCCGACCUGCUGGCGAAACUCCUGCCGCCCUCGACAGCCGGGCUCAUGUUUGGAGUGGGCGCCAGCGCAGCCCGACUGGAAGCGGAUCGCAAGACACAGCUCAACCUCCGCCGACUUUGCCUGCUCAUCCUUGCAUCGCCUCAAGAUACGCAUGUGACGCAUCUCCCCGUCAUUUUCUCCAAGAUUGCCGAGCUCUUUGAAGCAAGUGCUUCUUCCUCUCCUUCAAUUACCAUCAAGACGGAGCUGUUCAUGCUGUCUCGUGCUUUGGCUUUAUCCUUCCGCAGCCUGCAUCUUGCGCCACUGUGGCCCAUUGUUAAUGACAAGCUGCAAGCCGCGCUAAACUCCAUGCUUCCUGGCAGCACAGGCAGCAAUGACUUCAACAAUCUGGCUUUAUUGCAGAGUUGCAAGCUUCUAGAUCUGCUCAUUGCUCUAUCGCUCGACGACUUUCAACUUCAUGAAUGGCUGUAUAUCACCGAUACCACGGAUGCUAUUCAUCAGCCAGCGGACUGGAGUCCGGUUGCGCUAGCCGACCAUAUUGCCGCCGCGCUGGACUCCAACAACUCAAGCGAAGAGACUAAUACGUCAAACUUUGCCUCUUCUUCUGUGGCCGAAAACGAGACAAGCGCGAAUCAAGCAAACGAUUUUGAGAAGGAUGACGGCAGUGGUGGCGGCAAAGCCCUCCUAAGCGACAAUCUUGUUGUCGACAACGGCGACAUCAAAGCUUGGGCCAAGGAAGAUUUCAUCAGUGCUGUUCUGCGACCAUUUCUGAGUCAAUUGAGUAUACGUGCGUACGAGGACGUCUAUGGUCUAGGAACGCCAGAUACAGAGGCCAUGCGACGUGGUUUGCUGGGCGAUCUGCUAGAUCUGAACACGAUUGUUGAGUAA